AUGUGGGAGACUGAUUUUGGCGGACCUGGCUUCAACGUCUUUAUCAUCGUCGUCUUGUUGGUAUUUCUCUCCAUUCCGGUAGUUAUCGGGGUUGCGGUGGGAGGCUUGGCCGGCAUGAUAAUGCAGGGGGGCGGAUUCGGCUACGGGACGCUUAUGGGGUUCGUGUUUGGCGCCGUCUCCAUUCCGCUCAAUCUGCUGCUAACCUUGUCCUACUUCAAUGCGGACUCUGACCCAUUCAUGCUGUGGGUCAUAGCAAUCCCGGUGUCAGCCCUGCUGGUUAUCGUCGCCCCGAUAGCCGCCGUCAAGCGAAGGGCGGCGGCGCGCGGUUUGCUACGGGAAAGCGGAACACCCGCAACGUAA